UACAUUACAAAAAUUACAGUAAAAUACAAUUGGAUUACAUAUUUAAAUUGGAUAAAUUAAAUCUAUUUAAUAAUAACCUGUGCAUGGAUUUUAUCAGGGCCCAUUGGUUGUGAAUGGAAUUAUUAAAGGUGUCCUGUCUUGCAACAUAGCCCAUGUUCAGAAAAUCUAAAUGCAAUAGAAAUUUCUUUGUGUAAAAUUCUGUCUUAUCAUUUUUAGGUCCGUGUAGCUGGUUGUGACGGUACAUUCAAAACUGUACCAACAUUUUUGGAUAAUGGUGCUUAUCAGAUAUUUUCAUUCCAUAUCCUGUUCAAAAACUUUAGUUUCCCACUAGUUCAUGCUAUCCUCACAGGCAAAACACAGGAUAUCUAUAUACAUUAUACAACUUCUGAGGUAUGUCAGAAGUGUGUUACCAUUAAACUAUGCAGACCUAAUCAUAAUAACAGAUUAUGAGUAUGGUCUGAUUAAUGCUGCAAAAAAUAGUAUUUCCUGAGAGUUAAACCCAAGGAUGCUAUUUUCAUUUUUGCCAGAUUUGCUUGAGUUUCAUUGCGUUUGAUUUGUUGAUUCACUGUGAACAGUUAAUAGACCUAAAUUAUUUGAAUCAUAAUUGAUUUAAUUAUUGAAAAUUCAAAUUGAUUGAAAUGGUUGGACGCGAAAGAGCUGUUCCACCUUCGAAUAUAAUUGAUGCAGUUCUAACAUUCAAAGAACGAGUGGUUUUGAAGAACGGGAAAAAUGAAAUGUAUAUAGUUGCAGCUACAAAUAGAGUAUGGACAGAUAUAAGAUUUUAUAUUGGUGACCGCAUGUGCUCGAAUGCUAUUCAUACUUUUGUUCAAAAGGGACGUCAUGGCAUAAUGGAAAAGCUAGGUUUUCCUUUAAAAUUUAAGCAGUCCUGUGAAAUUGUACAUACACCAAUCUUACCAGAUGAUGAAGAAUCGCCUGAUGACUACAGUUCUGAUAAUGAAGAUGAUGCACUCCCAUGUAAAAAAUGUGAAUUCACAGUUUCAUCUGAAGAAUGGGAUCAGAUACAACCUCAAGAAAAAGUGUUUAAACUAAUAGAUAAAUCUCAUCCGAUGCAAAGUACCAGAUCGUAUUAUUUUUGCCUAAAGGUACAUGGACACCAAUACUUGCUGAUGACUUUUGGGCACACUUUCAACUGCCUUGUUGUUUAUCUUUCCGAAGAUGUAAAGUUUAUCCCAGUGGAUCGGUAUACAUACAUGUCGUGGGACGUUGCACUGUUUGUGACUCCAGAUUUAAUGGCACAGUUUUUGAUAAACCCCCUGGAGGUGCUAAUUCUUAUGCAUUCUACAUUCAGAGGUGAUUUUCAAGAGGCACACAAAUCAACAAAAAAACGUCGUAUGAUAGGACCAGCAAUGGAAAAAGCGAUAUUGCAUCAAUUUGUGUCGAGGGACUGUCAAGUGAAACUUAUCGAGAAAGAGAAGCAGUAUGUCUCAUAAAAACAGGAAUCUUA